AUGCCGUCGCUUCAUAUCGUCAAUAUUGGCAGCUCUUUCGCCGCCGGCCCCGGUCUUCCCCCGCAGAUCGAGCCCUUGGCGGGUCGGUCCGGCGAGAACUACGCGCACAUUGUGGCCCGCGAAGUGGGUGCAAAGCUCACCGAUUUGAGCGUGUCUGGUGCAACUUUGCUCAAUCUUCUCAGCGAGCCGCAAGAGGUGACCGGCAAGGCUUUCCCGCCUCAGAUUAGCGAGAUUCCCAGAGAUGCAGACAUUGUAAUGGUGCUCGGCGGCGGCAAUGAUAUUAUGUACAUUGGCGGUCUGUUCAUGGACAGCUUCGCCGCGUACACAAUGUUUCGCUUGGCGUCGAGACUUUACAGCUGGGUCGCUGGCGGUGCCGAAGAUCCGGCGCCCAGCCUCGACGUACAAGAACUUGCUGAGCGGUACGGCACUGUCCUGGAUGCGAUACAUGCCAAGGCUCCCGACGCGCAAGUCAUUGUUGUGGAAUAUCUCACAUUACUGGGACCGGAUCUCCAACCCGGAGUCGACUUGCCGUUUGAUGAUGCGGGCCGGAUAGACUACCACAAGGGCAGGGCCGCACAAGUACAAGAAGCGACAGUGCAGACGAUCCAGGGCCGCGAGACUUGGUGCACAAGAAUUCCCGUGGCCAGUGAAAGCAUGGGGCACGGGUUGGGUUCCCAAGAGCCUUGGGUUAAUGGGUUCGGAUUGAGAGAAUUGUACCAAAAGUGUGGUUAUCAUCCAAAUGGCGAAGGGAUGAAGGCGGUUGCUGCCAUGGUCCUCGAGCGGAUGAAAAAUCUCGGCAUUGUCUAA